AUGUCUACUACCGUAGAAAAGAUCAAGUCGAUCGAAGAUGAAAUGGCCAGAACCCAGAAGAACAAGGCAACUUCGUUCCAUCUGGGUCAGCUGAAGGCAAAAUUGGCCAAAUUAAGAAGAGAAAUCUUGACAGCAUCACAGUCUUCUGGUGGUGGUGGUGGUGGUGUCGGUUUCGAUGUUGCUAGAACCGGUGUUGCCAGUGUUGGUUUCGUUGGGUUCCCCUCUGUCGGUAAGUCAACACUACUUUCCAAAUUAACCGGUACCGAAUCUGAAUCUGCUGAAUACGAAUUCACUACGUUGGUUACGGUCCCUGGUAUUAUUCGUUACAAAGGUGCUAAGAUUCAAAUGUUGGAUUUACCGGGUAUUAUCGAUGGUGCUAAAGAUGGUCGUGGUCGUGGUAAGCAAGUUAUUGCGGUUGCAAGAACUUCCAAUAUGUUAUUCAUUGUGUUGGAUGUUAAUAAACCAUUGGCACACAAGCAAAUUAUCGAAAAGGAACUAGAAGGUGUUGGUAUCCGUGUAAACAAGAGCCCACCUGAUAUCAUUGUUAAAAAGAAGGAAAGAGGUGGUAUUUCCAUCACAAAUACUGUUCCAUUGACACAUUUGGAUAACGAUGAAAUUAGAGCUGUUAUGAGUGAAUAUAGAAUUAACAGUGCGGAACUUGCGUUCAGAUGUGAUGCUACUAUAGAAGAUCUAAUUGACGUUUUAGAAGGCCCAACAAGACGUUACAUGCCUGCCAUCUACGUUUUAAACAAGAUCGAUUCUCUUUCACUAGAAGAGUUAGAAGUUUUGUACAGAAUUCCAAAUGCUGUGCCUAUAUCAUCAGGUAAAGACUGGAACUUGGACGAACUUUUACAAACAAUGUGGGAUAGACUAAAUUUGGUCCGGGUCUAUACAAAGCCAAAGGGUACGAUGCCCGAUUUUUCCGACCCUGUUGUGCUUAGAUCUGACCGUUGCACCGUCAGGGACUUUUGUAACCAAAUUCACAAAUCCCUGGUGGAUGAGUUUAGAAACGCUGCGGUAUACGGUACGAGUGUCAAGCAUCAACCACAAUAUGUUGGUUUAAAUCAUGUCUUACAGGAUGAAGACGUUGUUACUAUCUUGAAGAAAUAA